UCCUGCCUAGGCUGACUCCUCUCCCUCUGGCUCGCUGCAGGGUUUUCCUGGCCCUCCACCACAGGUAAGGAUGGAUGGGUGAAGCCCGCAUGGGCUGUGGCACUGCCCAGCAGCCAUCGUCUCACUGCGGCCCCCUGGCGGCGAUAGGAUGCACCUCUCUGCGGUUUUCAACGCCCUCCUGGUGUCGGUGCUGGCUGCGGUCCUGUGGAAGCAUGUGCGGCUGCGCGAACACGCGGCCACGCUAGAGGAGGAGCUCGCCCUUGGACAGCAGUCCCUGGAUCCAGUCCCAGGGCCGAGGAUCGACUACCCGAAGGCCCUGCAGAUCCUCGUGGAGGGUGGCACCCACAUGGUGUGCACAGGCCGCACCCACACGGACCGCAUCUGCCGCUUCAAGUGGCUCUGCUACUCCAACGAGGCCGAAGAGUUCAUCUUUUUCCACGGCAACUCAUCCGUGAUGCUGCCCAACCUGGGCUCCCGGCGCUUCCAGCCGGCCCUGCUGGACCUCUCCACGGUGGAGGACCACAACGCCCAGUACUUCAACUUCGUGGAGCUGCCCGCGGCGGCCCUGCGCUUCCUGCCAAAGCCAGUGUUCGUGCCCGACGCGGUCCUCAUCGCCAACCGCUUUAACCCCGAUAACCUCAUGCACGCCUUCCAUGACGACCUGCUCCCCAUCUUCUACACGCUGAGGCAGUUCCCAGGCCUGGCCCAAGAGGCGCGGCUCCUGUUCAUGGAGGGCUGGGACGAGGGCGCCCACUUUGACCUCUACAAGCUCCUCAGCCCCAAGCAGCCGCUGCUGCGUGCGCAGCUCAAGGCGCUGGGCCGACUGCUCUGCUUUUCCCACGCUUUCGUGGGCCUGUCCAAGGUCACCACCUGGUACCAGUACGGCUUCGUCCAGCCCCAGGGCCCGAAGGCCAACAUCCUGGUCUCCGGCAAUGAGAUCCGGCAGUUCGCCCGCUUCAUGACUGAAAAGCUGAACGUGAGCCACACGGGGCCGCCCCUGGGGGAGGAAUACAUUCUGGUCUUCAGCCGUACCCAGAGCAGACUCAUCCUGAACGAGGCCGAGCUGCUGCUGGAGCUCGCGCAGGAGUUCCAGAUGAAGACAGUAACGGUGUCCCUGGAGGACCAUACCUUUGCCGACGUCGUGCGGCUGGUCAGCAACGCCUCCAUGCUAGUCAGCAUGCAUGGCGCCCAGCUGGUCACGGCCCUCUUCCUGCCCCGCGGGGCCACGGUGGUUGAACUCUUCCCGUAUGCUGUCAACCCCGACCACUACACCCCCUAUAAGACGCUGGCCACGCUGCCUGGCAUGGACCUGCAGUAUGUAGCCUGGCGAAACAUGAUACGGGAGAACACAGUCACGCACCCCGAACGGCCCUGGGACCAAGGGGGCAUCACCCACCUGGACCGCGCUGAGCAGGCGCGCAUCCUACAGAGCCGAGAAGUGCCCCGGCACCUCUGUUGCAGGAACCCGGAGUGGCUGUUCCGCAUCUACCAGGAUACCAGGGUGGACAUCCCUUCCCUCAUGCAGUCCAUCCGGCGUGUGGUGAAGGGCCGUCCGGGGCCACGGAGGCAGAGGUGGACAGUCAGCCUGUACCCUGGCAAGGUGCGGGAGGCUCGGUGCCAGGCGUCGGUGCAGGGCGCCACCGAGGCCCGCCUGUCCGUGUCCUGGCAGAUCCCGUGGAACCUCAAGUACUUGAAAGUGCGGGAGGUGAAGUACGAGGUCUGGCUGCAGGAGCAAGGGGAGAACACGUACGUGCCUUACAUGCUGGCCCUGCAGAACCACACCUUCACGGGGAACAUCAAGCCCUUCACCACCUACCUGGUGUGGGUCCGCUGCAUCUUUAACAAGAGCCUCCUGGGACCGUUUGCAGACGUGCUGGUGUGCAGCACGUAGCCGGCGGGCCGUGGCCAGGCCUCAGGAGGGCGGCUGCAGCUUAGCUUCCCCAGGUCCACGGUCCUGCUGGCGACCACGGGGGUCCAUAGUCUAUUUAUUGAGCAGGCCUGGGCAAGGCCUGUUCCCCAGCGUGUGUGCCGUUUGCCGAAUUCCUCUUUGCCCUGAAGAGAUAGUGCCUGCCCCCCACCCGACCCCCCUCUGCCACCUGGCCAUCACCGCUCAGGAGGAAUUCCUUAAUGGUGAGGCCCCAGGGGGUCUGCUCUUUGCUGCUGUGGCUGUGGCGCAGGUCCUGGCUUCUAGAAGC